AUGCUUUUAUGCGUUGGCAAUUUUUUUGGCUCUACUUCAGAGGCAGAAUGGGCAGAGUAUUGCACAGGGGCCAAGAAAGCUCCAAUUCCAACCUACGUGCUUGGUGCUAAUGACCAAGAGACUGUGUGCUAUUUCCCAGACGUCAGUGGCUGCGAAUUAGCUGAGAACAUCACUUACCUGGGCCGUCGCGGUCUUUACAGUGGUACUUCUGGACUGCAGAUCGCAUACCUGAGUGGUAUCGAGUCCCAAGAUGAGCCAGCUCCUGCCUACAGUUUUAGCGCAAAGGAUGUGGCAGAAUUAAAAACAUCUUUGUUAUCAAUGCCAAACUUCAAAGGUGUGGAUAUAUUGCUCACGUCCCCCUGGCCCAGAGAUGUGGGGACUUUUGCCAACAGUGCGGGAGAAAUCAAUACCAAGAAAUGUGGCUCCAAGUUAAUAUCCGAUCUAGCUGCGAGUCUCAAACCAAGGUACCACUUUGCUGCCCUGGAAAAGGCCUAUUAUGAAAGACUUCCUUACAGAAACCACACAGUGCUACAGGAGACCCCCCAGCACGUGAGCAGGUUUAUUGCACUUGCUGAUGUCGGCAAUACAAGCAAGAAAAAGUAUCUCUAUGCCUUCAGCAUUGUGCCGAUGAGCUUGAUGGACCCUGCCGAGCUGGUGAAACAGCCACAGGACGUCACAGAAAAUCCAUACCGGAAAUCAUGGAAAGAGGCACAGAAGACCAAAGCAACCCUGUGCGCAGAGGACGAACCAGCUUGUCAGUUUUUCUUUGAUUUGAAGAAGCAUCAGGGAAAGAAACGUCCCUCGGAUGGGAAAGAGAGAGGGGACUCACAACCUAAGCAAGCCAAAAAACCCCCACAGCCCACGGGGCCCUGCUGGUUCUGCCUUGCCAGCCCAGAAGUUGAGAAGCAUUUGGUUGUUAGUAUCGGCACACAUUGCUAUCUUGCCCUGGCCAAAGGUGGCUUAUUACCUGAUCACGUCUUGAUUUUGCCUAUCGGGCACUAUCAGUCAGUGGCUGACUUGUCUUCAGAGGUGGUGGAAGAAGUGACCAAGUACAAGUCUGCCCUAAAGGAAUUUUUCAGAAGCAAGGGAAUCCUAUUUGAAAGAAACUAUAGGAGUCAGCAUCUGCAGUUACAGGUCAUUCCCAUCCCAUUGGACCACUGUACUUCCGAAGACAUUAAAGAGGCCUUUAUUGCACAGGCACAGGAACAACAGAUUGAAUUAUUAGAAAUACCAGAGCACUCAGAUAUCACACAG